AUGGCACCAGAGCGUUACGACCCGUUGCGUUUUUACUUGGAUCACAUUGACGGCAUCAAGAAAAAAUUGGCCGAGGCCGUAGUUCAGGUGGUGCCUGCAAGGCUGUUGAAGCGGCGCCGCUUUGCGUCUCCGGGAGUCCAUCGCUUCUACCAUUGGGAUGUACACACUUUCCUCACACGUCUGGAGAAAGCCUGCCAGACAGCAGAAGCAGCCUUGCGCGUUGCAACGCACACUGCCCCUGCACGAAACGUCCGCCGGACGCGUGUCCUGCUAUGCACCAUUCCAUCCAGCUACAAGGCUGUGAAAGUGCUACAGCUGCAGCAAGAUUAUGCGGACGACUUCCCCAAGAGGCUUUUCAUGGGCAUUUUGGAUGAGGCUGCUGCAACCGCUGAGACAUACAUCCCAUUGAUUUUGCGCUUGCGUGUUGAGAACCUGGCGCUGCCAGGUAUGCACGUGCUGCUGGGCGACCACAAGCAGCUCAGCCCGUUGGUGCUAGCUUCCGGCGGGGACCGCGAGAUCAAGGAAAAGCUGCUAGAUUUCAAGAUAUGUCAAAGCAAGGGUUCGACACUUCACUGCCUCUCGAACGACCAGCUUCCAGAGUCCUAUCAGAAAGAAAGGCCAGUAUUGAAGCCGAGGAAUGUGGACCGAAGUCUCAUGGAGCGAGCAAUUGACAACGGCCUUCGACCGCACGCCCUCAGGGUCCAGUACCGCAUGCCAGAGGUUCUCUGCAGGCUUGUGUCAGACCUUUUCUACGACGGUGGUACACUGCAGACGGCUCCACGGGAAACCAGAACGAUCACUGAUCACCUCGGACGUCUCUGCAUCGGGCCGCGGCGUGAGCUUCGCUGGUUCAAUGUGACGGUUUCGGAGCUUGACGUGGGCACUUCCAAGGUCAAUGCCUCAGCUGGCGUUCAAACCCAGUUCUUCCUGAAGUUGCGCCCGAAACUUCCUUUGGCUAAGGCAGCCCUGCUCCAGGAGAUUCUCUUGAAGGAGAUCCCACACCGAAUGAGCUCUGUGAAGGUUGUCACCGUCGAUGCAGCUCAAGGGUCAGAAGCUCCACGUAUCACCCUCUCCACCGUCCGAAGCAACUCCGCUUACAACAUAGGAUUUGCCCACAAUCCGCGGCGGCUGAAUGUGGCCAUCAGUCGGGCUCAGAAGACUUUGACCAUAGUUGGCAGCAGGGACGUCUUCGGCUAUUCCAAGCCAAAUUGGAACCGUGUGGUGGCUACCUUCAGCAGGCAAGGAGAAGUGGUUGCAGUGUCGCCCCACACGCUUCGGAGCUCGCCCUCUUGGCACGUCGCCGAGGAGCGUGCAUUACAAAUGUCUGAGCGUACCAAAGGCAAGGGUAAAGGCUCAGGCUCUCGUCCCCAAGAGCUCUGUCUCCAUUGGGCUCGUGGUCAUUGCAGGUAUGGAAGCACAUGCCGGUAUAAGCAUGACUAA